CGACUGGGUAAUAUUUUAAUGGAGGGUGAAAGACCGAAAUAAUUCAUGAUACAUCUUGAAAGAUUUAUCUCAGUUCUAUCCACCAUGGACAAUACUGUACCAUCUGUUUUGGCAGCAAUGCUGACAUGGGCCACCAUGUACAUUCUCCUGUGUGUCAUCUACUCAACUCGAAGCUAUGAGUGGCAUGUCCGUCUGGUCACCAUGGUCCAUGCCACCCUGGUCACUGGUCUCAGCUGGAUCUGUUCUUAUAAUUAUGGCCCAUGGCCUUUCACUGAUGCUGGAGGAGUGAAUACUGCUUUCCAGGAAACCAUUGUUACAAUCUCAUUGGGAUACUUCCUCUUUGAUCUCUCGUGGUGUCUCUAUUUUAAGACAGAAGGUCCUGCUAUGAUGUUCCACCAUGUGCUAAGUGUGACAGGACUGUCUGUGACUCUGUACACAGGCUUGUACGGCUGUGAGAUUGUUGCUGUCAUAUUUGGCACAGAGAUUACCAACCCACUGCUGCAGCUACGCUGGUUUCUCAAGGAUUCAGGCAGGUACAACACCAGGUUAGGGGAGCUGGUAGACAUCUUCUUCAUGACACUGUUUGGUACCAUGCGGCUAGGUAUUGGCUCUUACCUGUUGUACACCUACAUGACGAAUCCACGGACAGACUAUAUCGGAAGGACAGGUGGCUGGCUCAUAUACUCUGUUGGCUGGAUUUUCUGGGUCAGCAUCGUUCAGUUUGCCAUCAAGAAGUACAGCAAGAAAUGGCAGGAAUUGAAAACUAGAAAAACAGCUUCCAGUCAGAAGGACUUAACCGACCCGUCAUGUGAUGGCUGCAGGGACUCUGCCAGUGCAGCCUGCGUGCAGCGGGUAAACAAAGUCAUUCAGGAUAUCACCAAAAGUACUGUAGACAGCGACACAGUGGAAGCUAUCAAGAGUCUGUCCAGCGCCAACCAAGACAGCAUAAAGAGGUCCGUGAACACAUAGUGGUGUCACAGAGAAGUCAGCUAUGCCAUUUGAUUAGAGAUUUUUCCACUGGUAGAUCGUGGUUUAGCUUCUGAUUAGGAUGUACAUAAUUACAACGCAUAGGUACAGUUUUAUAUGGAGAAAAUGCAGAUCAAGGAUUUUGAAGUUCUUUACUUUUUAAGUCAUUUUGUACAGAGAUUGUGGUUUACAUGGGACAAUAUCAUUUUAUCCAUUUAGAAUGUUUUAGUAAUCUUUGGAGCUUUUUAGUUCACCUGUAUAAAGUACAGGCAUAGCUUGUGCAUUACGGUGAGUGUCGGCAUCGGCGUCUAAUAACAGCUAAAGUAGUGUUAAGGGACUGUUCAGGGUGGUAUCUCUGAAAGCACUACAUGCAAAGCACAAUAACGCAAUGGGGAUAUUCCAUCACUGAUGCUCGAGAUAUUGAUUAACAUGAAUAAUGAAAUUCAUUACUUGGUCUUUUGUGUAUUAGAAUUGAUGUUAAGGAUGGUAUUUCAAAAUGUACUUGUAUUGAGCCCAGAUUCUGCAUAAAUGUUACAUAAGCAGACAAGUUACAUUUCAUCCCAUCUUUAUUUAAUCAAGCUAGCGAUGUCCAAGGUCAUCUACCUUGAUUUACUGAGCAAUAUUAACUCUUCAAAGCCCUGAAUGUUUUAUUCAUAAAUAUGCCUAAUUCAUGGUCCAAUCAGAUUUCACCUUUGUUAUUGACACUAACAGGAUUUCAAAACUACAUGGGAUGUGACUGUGGUGAGAAGAAUGCGCGUAUGGAGUAAAUGUAUUUCCUACUAGACGUAGAAGUGCUAGUGCAAAAAAGUAACUCCUUGCACAUCGACAUGUGAAGGGUUAUCGAGAAGAUGGUCAUUUUGAGGCAAGAUAGGCUUUAGAAAUUACUUGCAAAACAACAACAUAGGCUACAUCGAUUGGCUGUUUGGCCUCUUUGGCUGUCACAGGUAUUGUGUGAUAGCACAGUGACUUUCUACUGACUGUUUCAAUAAAAGUAGUUUGUAUGAUGUUGUGUCAAGGAAUAAAUCGGACCUGAAAAUACAUGAAUUUGUUGAGAAUCAAGAAAAUACACACUUACAAGGGAUGAUCAGUGAUUUGCUGAAGUUCUGCAUUCAUAUGUUCCAACAGGCCAGUUCUUUGGUUGCUUUUGGUGUCAGAUUCUAAGUUUAGUUAGUACUGUAGCAAAAAAAAAAAACCGUGGCAACUUCAUUUUGUGUCAACAAGAGAAUUUAACAUUGAAUUCUGUCA